ACCAGCUACUGUGUGUUGAUAAACAAGUUUAAUAAGAGGAAACCACACGCUACCAUGUUUACCUUAAACAUGAUGUCAGACUAGUGGGUUGAGAAAGAACACUAUGAUAUAGAUGUGACAUUCGUCAGAUGAAAAACAGGAAACUGGGGAUGUUUCGGAACUGCAGCUUCGAAGAGCGUGACCUCCGUCUUCCUCCGGAUAAAAGUCUUUGUAGAUGAUUAUCAUUUUGAUGGAGGUGUUUCCGUUUCUGUCUCGUUUGCUGAUGUCAUGCAGAGGAUUAUAUGCAGAGGAUUAUUUGCAGAGGAAAGACUUGCACAACUUCUGGUGAGACUAGUGAGAAGUAGCUAGUCCACUUCGCGUUUUUGAAAGUUGAGUUCUUCUAAACAGGUGAACUGAGUUCCUCAUUACUACCGACAAACUGACGGGUAAAGAUCUGGAGACGGAACUUAGCAUCGGAUUUUAGCAACGUUACCUUAAAAACAAAAUUACAGGACACUGAAACGAAUCUACAUUUUUUUUAAUAUACAAGCAAAACAGCGGUAUGGCGGAGGAAGACAGUUUUUCAUACCUAAAGACAUUUCCACAGGUGUUUCCUGUAUUUCGAGUUCGUUCUUUAAGUGAUACUUCAGCUUUUAAAUCCAGGAUAUUGACCAGACUCCGCUCAGCCUGCUCAGUGGAGGGACUGGAAAAAUCUUCUCUGGCCAACUGUGAUGUGGUGGUGGGAAGCUCGCAGUCUCCUCAGCUGAAAGGAAAGGGGAAGCUCUCUUCUCUGGGCAAGAUCUUUAAACCUUGGAAAUGGAGAAAGAAGAGAACCAGUGAUAAGUUCCAGGACCUCUCAAAAGUUCUGGAGAGGAAAAUAUCCACCAGGCAAACUCGAGAAGAGCUCAUAAGAAAAGGUGUUCUUAUUCCAGACCAAGAUGAUCCUUUGAACACCGAGACCUUGAAUGGUCAUGCAGUGCCCAGUGGAGUUACUGAAAAGGUCAAAGUAGACAUCGAAACACCAGAACAGGUCCCAGAAGACAAAGCAGACUUGGCGGCAGUGGCAGAGGACCCAGAAGAGAAGAAUGACAGCAAAUGCAGCCCGCAGGCCAGUGAGUCAGCCGCUCCAAAAACCCCUACUAAAAAACAUCAGACCACACCCCAAAAACCCUCUGGUGAGGCAACAAGCACAGGCGUGAAGAAAGGGGGCCAAGCAGGGGCUAAAAAGGUAACCAAGAGCACCAAUAAGCAGGUCUCCGCUCCUCCACCCAAACAAACCACCCGAACUGCCACUCGUGGCAAUGCUAAACCUUCAAAUCUUAAGAAAACUGCAGGCACAUCAAAGAGUUCCUCUCAGGCCUCAGGACAAUCUUGUUCAUUGACCUGCUCGAAGACCCCAAAGAGCAACAACUUAGAAGUAACAGCAGCGCAACCCAAGUCUGCCAAGAAAACCGAACCUUCCAGGUCACCACGGCCCACUUCCAAAACCCCGUCCGAGACUGCUGAAAGCUCUAAAAAGGGCCAAAAGAAAAAAGAAGUGACCUCCAAUACUGAUAAGGCUGAGGAGACAUCUCAGAAUGGGAAGGGUGCCAGUCAUCUCUCAGAAUCCUCUGCAGAGAAGGACAAAAAGCAACCCUAUGUUAACCAAACCACAGAGGAAACGUCCUUUACUGGAUCUUCAAAUGGACUUUCUUCAGACACUUCAGGGCAACCUGUGAGCACAGAGAGUGAAACGGAGAAAGAGAGGGCAGUGGCAGACCACACACAGAGGACUGUUGGGACUGAGGAGGGAGAGAGACAACAAACCGUCAAUGUGGAAAGUCCAGACGUGACCAUCAUUCCUGACUCCAUUCGAGAAAACCAGGGCAACGACUCCGAUUCAGAUGGACCUAUACUCUACAAGGAUGAUGAAGAGGAGGAUGAGGAUGAUGAGUAUACUUCUAGCUCACUUGCCAGCAAAAUUCGCCGCAAGGACACGCUUGCCAUCAAACUUGGUAACAGGCCCAGCAAGAAGGAGCUAGAAGAGAAGAACAUUCUCCCACGGACCUCAGAGACAGAGCGACAGGAGCUACGACAGCAGAUCGGCAGUAAACUAGUGAGACGGCUGAGCCAAAGGCCCACCACAGAAGAACUUGAACAGCGAAAUAUUCUAAAACAGAAAAAUGAGGAAGAGGAACAAGAGGCCAAGCAGGAGAUUAAAAGAAGACUAUCCCGAAAGCUCAGCGUCCGGCCCACAGUUGCAGAGCUGGUGGCACGGAGAAUUUUGCGGUUCAAUGAAUACGUGGAGGUCACAGAUGCAAAAGACUACGAUCGCCGUGCUGACAAGCCCUGGACCAGGUUAACCCCUGCAGACAAAGCUGCUAUACGUAAAGAACUUAAUGAAUUUAAAAGCAAAGAAAUGGAAGUCCAUGAAGAAAGCAAACAGUUUACCAGGUUUCAUCGGCCCUGAGGCAGUGCCUGGUUGGUGGGGGUGCUGGACGGCCGCAAAUUCGAGGCUCUCUCUUCCUGUCUCUUCGCCAUGCUUCCUGCCGGGAGGCUAACAGACUGGCUCCCUGCGGCAGCCGGCUCUUCUCUGGCACCGGCUCUACUUGGUUCUUGCUUUCAGCCACUAGAGGGCUACGGCGCGGCUAAAGAUGGGCCUGGCAUGCCAUUGCGAACGGAAACGGAGAGAGAGGGACCUUCAAAAGAGAUAAAGCAAUGCAAUGGUUCUGACACGUUUUUCAUAUCUGUAAUGUUUUUGCACACACUAAGGACAAGACUUGCACUCUUUUAAUUUAAAGUGGCGCUGAUAUUCUCUCAAGGUUGAGCACAGCAGUGUAAAACAUUGAAGCGCGUGCAGUGACUCAUCAGCGGCUCAUGUUGUUGCUGCGUGCAGCUCUGAGGAUCUGUUUUGUUUUGUUUUGUUUUGUAUAUAUUACAUAUUUCUUGCAGUAUUCGUGCAGAGUCCAGUUAUAUCUAUGAAUAUCCAUGCAUGUGCAAAAAAAACACAUUUUAUAAGACUCAUGUAUCUGGUUCAGUGUAUAUUACAUGGAUAUUGAGGUCUACUUGGGCAUUGUAAUGUCCACAUUUAUUACUGCCAUUAUUAUUCUGUAUCCAGAUUAAUAUGUCCUCAAUAUAAUAGAAUGUAAUCAGAUUUAUGUUGUGCCUUGACAGUGUUGUUUUGUUUUUCCAAAAAACAUCUGAUUACUUGAUAUAUAUGUGGUCAUGUAACAUAUCUGUAACUGCUGUUCAGGAAGUCUGUCAUCAUGUGUUUAUGACAUAAUUCAUGUUUAUAUACCUUGUAUUUUAGUUUCCCCCAACAUUAUCACAGUUUUUCCAAAGUUUAAGCUAGCAUUUCAUUGAUUUGGCUUUUAGGUUGUACAUAAACUUGGUGGGUUUUAUUGAGUACAUUGGUGUCGACCAUAUACAAGAUGUGGCAAGCAAUAUAAGUUAGUGAAACAGUAGUUUUAACUCAAAUUGGAAAGGGCUUCUAGUCCAUUAUUUUAGUCUAUUAUUGAAUGUCUGUAUUGCAUUAUUGCACAUUUUGGUGCUCUAUAUAAUAUAUGAUUGUAUGUCACAGGCAGAAUUUGCUGGACGCUCACUCAAGUCCAGUUUUGAGGUUGUUUGUUUUUUCAUGUAGUUAGAAAUUGGGGAAACUUAAAUUAUUUCAAAUCAGUUGUACAGUCUGUGUAUGAUAUAUGUGAAUACAUCCAGUAUAUUGCAGUA